UGAGCAGCAGGCGAGUGUUGUGCGAAGCUGAUCAUGCAAGGGCGGUCAGCGAGCUUGGUGUCUGCGUCAGAUCUCGGGCAGAGCUUCACCACGCAACUCAACUGGGCAGGUUUGCGAUGCGCAUCUGCUCGGGGAAUGGCAACAACGACGAGCGAGGGACGUUCGGAUGACGACUUACAGAAGGUACGUCCAUGCGGUUCGCUUCGUGACAUGGAGUUCGCUCGUGUGAAAUAUACCACGUCGGGACGAGUUCGAUUUAAAGGAGCUUACUCUGAUUCUCAUGGGGACAGUCGGGCAAGAAUGCAUGUACACUUCCAGAUAAAUGUGCGUCUCGCAAGGUCGACCGUCGUAUCUUUGGAGAAGAUCACGGUCGUUAUCUGCGACAACCGGUUUGCACAUGUCAGCGACGUCCACAAAGACAUAGGUGCAGCGCGUGCCUGGUGAUGGUGCUUCGACAACCUGCAAGGGCUGCCGCAUGCUUCAGGUGAGCGAAGGUGGUGAUCGAAAGGGCGGCGGGGCAGGAAGUUUCAGUGGAAAGAUCCUUCAAGAAGCUGGUGCAUUCAUGUCUGCCCGACGUGCUACGCGAGAACGAGUUUUCGAUCUGUAUGAUGGAAGGACCGUGUGCCGUUGGGAGCACUGUCGACCGCUCUGACGGAAACACGCUGAAGAUUUCCGUUGACAGGGCUCAAAGAUGGACAUGCGAUGCAUACCAUUCAGCACGGUACGUCUAAUGAUGGCACGAGUCCAAAGGGUGUGGGGUGGGUCCGGUGAG